AUGAUAGGAAAUAAAUUGUUAUUAGCACUGCUACCAUUGCUUGCAUUCGGAAAUGCACAAAAUACUGGUUGGACUGAUUCAAGUCCCUUUGCGAGGUUCCCUCCUCGAUUUAUCCCUAGACCUGUAUACAACCCACCUACAAUUGUACAAACAACGUUGCCUCCGCCAGUAACGCGACCUGCUACGCCUAUUUAUCCUUCGUCUCGUAGCCCAUUGAUACCCAACUCUUUUGAACCAGCCCAAAGACUACCAACAUUCUUCAGACCAAGAGCAUAUACACAAAGUCCACCUGCAUUAUCUAGUUCUUCGGCAUCACCAGCUCAAAAACCCACUAUCAUUGUGCUUCCUGGUGAUCAUUCGGAAUCGAACACACCGAAGCCUAGUUUAACAAUUGUAUAUCCCACGAAUUAUAAUCGACCUGGAGAUGUUCCACUUACGCAUGAAUCGGAAAUUAUACUACAACCAUCUUCAAGCACAGAAUCUGAGCCACAGCAGACAGGUUACCAACCUCUAGAAUUUCACCCAGCUUUUCCAUCACGACCAGCACUAAUUUUAGAUCAAAAUCAAUCAGCACCGGAGCCCGCACAACCUUCGCUUCAACCACAGCCAGAAUUUGCUACACCUGAAAUUCAACCAUCACCUUCAGUACCACAGCCAAUAAAAAUUCAAUCAUCGCUUCAAGCGCAACCAGAAGUAGUAGCGCCACAAGUGCCACCAUCUCCUCAACCACAGCCAGAAGAUAUAGCACCACAAACUACACCAUCAUCUCAAUCAGAACUAGAUGAUGUAGAACUUCUUGAACCAUCUUCUCAAUCAGAGCCAAUAGUUGUAGCUUCACAAGCUCCACCAUCUCUUCAAUUAAAGCCAGAAGCUGUAGCUCCACAAGCUCAACCAUUUCCUGAAACAGAAGCUGUAGUAUCACUAGUUCAACCAUCUUCUCAACUAGAACCAGAAGUUGUUGUACCUCCACUACAACAAGCACAACCUAUACAUUUAUCUAGUCCUACUGAUCCACGAACAAAGUUUGUUCCCACAUCGCCUUGGUCUAAGCCAAGUUGGCCUCAAUUCACUAAACCAUCUACGAUUCCCAAUCAUCCAUAUCCCUGGAUGCCAACAACAGCUUUGCCAAUCCCAUUACCUUCCAGGACAACCACUACACCAGCUAAGCCUAUCCUAUUGCCCUCCAGAACAAGCACUACACCAUUACCACCUGUAACAAUAAUAUCAAUUCCUACAACUGCACCUACUCCAAAACUUCCUAUUCAUUCUGGACAGUUAAUCGGAUUAAAGGAUUAUAAAUGUGCACAGUCAAAUAGCUAUUUCUCUGUACCUAAUCAGUGCGAUACGUUCAUAGAAUGCAAGGCUAAUACCGCUAUGCAAGUUGAAUGUCCUGAUGGUCUGCAUUUCAACCCUAAUGCAGUGUGGCCUGAAUAUCCAUGUGAUUAUCCUUCACGAGUUAAUUGUGGAGCCAACUUUGCUAAACAGGUACCUCAGCCUACGACUAAUUGCCCUAGACAAUUUGGUUACUUCCCAUCGCCUUCUAGUGAUUGCGGAAAGUAUACAAUGUGUCAAAAAGGCAAAGCCACAGAAAUGUCUUGUCCAGCUGGCCUCGCAUUUAACCCUGUAAAAUCUAUAUGUGAUUGGCCAGCUGAUGUACCUUCCUGCAAUCCUGACGUAUACAACAGACACAUUCUUAUUACAGUAUUCCAAGGAUUUAUAUGUCCUGCACCAGACAUGGACGGAAACGGCAAACCUUCAGACUUCAUUUCCAAAUUCAGACAAGGCAAAAGCUGCAAACUUUAUAUCGCGUGUCAACAAGGCAAGCCACGUCUGCUCCGUUGUGAUGACGGAUUCUCUUACGAUGAUGCAACCCAGAGUUGCAUUGACUCAGAUUUGGUCACCGAUUGUACAUAAAUUAAUACCUAUUUAAUUAUGUUAACAGUUAACAAUCUUGUAAUAAAAUUUAUAU